UUUAAAAUAAAACAUGUCUAACAAUGAUUAAACAAAAUAGGUUUAAAAUUAUGUUUUAGGUAUAAAUAUAAUAAUUUUAGAGAUCGCACGCUUGGGAAAGGAACUUUUGGUAAAGUAAAACUAGGUUAUCAUACAAUUUGUGAUGAAUAUGUAAAAUUGAAUUAAAUUUUGAGGUGGCUGUAAAGAUUUUGGAGAAGAGAAAAAUUGAAAGUGACGCAGAUUUUGUUAGAGUAUAAAGAGAAAUAGCUAUUUUACGUAAAGUAGAACAUUAAAAUGUUAUAAAACUAUAUGAGGUAAUAAUAAAGUGAAUUAGCAGAUAUUGGAAUCUGAUACAAAUCUUUAUUUAGUAAUGGAAUACGCAAAAGGAGGAGAACUAUUUGAUUAUAUAGUGAAGAAGAAUCAGUAAAUAUAAAAUUUAAUUAGGUUAUCCGAAAUAGCUGCGACGAGAUUUUUUAUUCAAUUGAUAGAUGCAGUUGAAUAUUUACAUUCUUAAAAGAUUGUGCAUAGAGACUUAAAACCUGAAAAUUUGCUUUUGGAUGAGUAGAGGAAUCUAAAAGUGGCUGAUUUUGGACUAAGUAAUAUAUACAAGGAUAACGAUCAACUAAAAACAGCAUGUGGAUCUCCAUGUUAUGCUGCACCUGAAAUGCUAUGUAUUAAUAUUUAUAAUUAAUAGAUGGUAAACAAUAUGGAGGUUAAAAGAGUGAUAUUUGGAGUUGUGGUAUAAUCUUAUAUGCAAUGCUUUGCGGUUAUUUACCAUUUGAACAUGAGAACACAAAGAAACUUUAUGAAAUGAUUAAAUAUGAAGAUUAUGAGAAACCAAAAAACAUUUCACCAUUAGCAUAGGAUCUAUUAAAAUAAUUAUUGACUAAAGACCCAUCUUUAAGAAUUGGAUUCAAUGAAAUCAAAUAACAUCCAUUUUAUAAAAAAAUGGUUAUUUAACCUUAGUAGAACUUAAUAACCAAGGAUUAAGUUGUUUUGAAGAAAUUAUCAGAAUUAGGUUAUGAAGUCAACAGUGUUAUUGACUAGGUUUAAAAAAAUAAACAUAAUUCAAUUACUGCUGCAUAUUGGUUAUUGAUCAAAAAAUUUACAUCUAAUCAAUAAUCUAUAAGUAAAAAUAAUGCUUAGUUACUUCAUUAAACAUAAUAACAAAUUAAAAAAAAUUAAAUUUUAUAAUCUCAAUUAUAGCAAAUUUAUUAACCUAUGGAAUAUAGAUAAUUAUAGAGUUCAACGGGAGGUUCAAAUAGUAGAGAAAAAAUCUAAUAGCAAAGACAAUUAAGAUAUUCUUUACCUCAUAACAAAAAUAAAAUUGAUUAUUCAUAAUUUUAAGAUGUUCAUACAGGAAUCCAAAAUAAAUUGAAUAAUAUCUAAAUGUAAUCAAAACAAAUUCCUAGCAAUAUUGUUGAUAUUGUUAGACAGAAAACUCAUUCAGUCUAAGAAAAAGGACAUUGUCAAACUCCUGAUAAAGUUGAUUUAGUCAUUAGACAACCUGGAAAGAAAAUAUAAAUGCUUAUGUAAAGAAAAAAGAAUCCUACUGAAUAAAUAGAGAAAUCUGAACAAACAGAUAAUGGUUUAAAAGAUAAAAUAAAAGAUUUGACAAAAAGAUCAAGAAAUAAAACCUAACCUUUAAGAAAAAUAAAUGAUAAAAUGGAGAGAUUUGCAAAUAAUUAUACUCAUUAGUUAAUUAAAUAAAAUAGUCCUUAGGAUAGCUUUAUUGUUAAAUUUUAUAAACCAUCAAUAAGAGUGAGACAUAGUAGUAAUUAAGAAAAUAUUUUAAAACAAAAUAGAUUACUUACCCAUAAUUUUGUAUGAAAAUUGAUUGCAUAAUAUUUGUAUAUAUAUAAAUUAUUAGAAAUAUGAUUAAAUAUCAACAGUAAAAUAAAUAUAAUUUGAAAAAAUUACAAAUGCCACCAAAAAGACCAUCCAGAACUAACGACAUCAAAUAUAGACAGAGCAAUUAAUAACUCAAAGGAUAAGGAAGAAACAUAGAUUUUAAAAAGUUUCCUUAACAUACAACUAAAUCCAGAUUAAUUACUAAUGGAGAUAUUAGAAGAUUAGCUAGAAGAGGAGGAGUAAAGAGAAUAAGUUCAGAUGUCUAUGAACUGUCUAAAUUAUAUAUGAAAUUGUACAUCUCAAACAUUCUUAGAGAUUCCAUGAUAUAUGCUAAUUAUUCAGGAAGAACAACUAUUGUAGCAGAUGAUAUAUGUAGAGCUGCGAAAAGAGCUGGACAAACAGCUAUUGGAUUCACUAAAUGAG